AUGAUGACAUAUGAUGAGACUACCACAUUACUAUGCCAAAUAGAAGCAGUGUUGAAUUCACGGCCAUUAACACCACUGUCAAGCGAUCCUUCUGACUUCAAUGCUUUGACAGCCGGCCAUUUCUUGAUUGGUGGUCCACUACAGCUCCCACCUGAGCCAGAUUGUACAGGCAUUCCACAGAACCGUCUACGUCGUUUCAAACUCAUGCAAGCACAAGCACAGAUUUUUUGGAAACGAUGGUCUUCCAAAUAUUUGCCCCAGUGUCAACGAAGUGGUAAGUGGACCAAACUCACUCGAAACAUUGAAGUAGGAGACUUAGCAGUUUUAAAGAAUGACAAUAGCCCACCACUGCAAUGGGACCUAGUUCGUGUUACCAAAGUUCAUCCAGGCCCUGAUGGAAUUGUCCGAGCAGUCACGGUACGGAAUUCUUUGGGGUCCGAGUUCAAGCGUCCAGCAACCAAAUUGGCUGUUCUAUCCACUGAUAACGAUGAAGUCGGAGAAGGGCAGAACGCGUUAUAA